GUCCUCUCUUACCGUGUCUGCCGCCUGCGAGCACCCUGCAGGUUGAUGUUAAUGGGGAUGCUGAACGACCUCCGGGGAGAAGCUGUGUUCAAGAACAUUCCCACUCCUACCUCUAUCUCAGCCACCUCCCAGCCCCAAGCUCCAGCACGGCGUGGUGACUGACAGAGUGGACUAGAUUGCAGUUUAUUCACCGGGGAACUCCCCGUUGUUUACCAAGGCUCAAAGGCAGAGGUUCGUGCAUACAAGGCAGCAAGUCACUGAACACAAUGGUUAAUCACCAAAAGCGGAAUCUAACUUUUCUUACCAUUGGACUGAUAUUUAUGCUGAGCGGCAUUGAGUACGCCGUCAUUCUGCCUACAAUAUGGAGGUAUCUCCAGAUUUUGGAGGCCCCUCCUUACUUCCUGGGUCUGGGUCUGUCUGCCUUCAGUCUGAGCGGGCUGGUCACAGGCCCGCUUUUUGGGUUUUGGUCAGACCGGAGUAAAACUACAAAGUCCAUCAUCCUUUUCUCCAAUCUUUUUGAGAUUGUCGGUAACUUCAUGUAUUUUAUCGGAUACUCAAAGUGGCUGUUGUUAUGCAGUCGGCUUGUAGCAGGUGUCGGUGCAGGAGCGGGCUCCUCCAUCUUUGGUUUCCUGACUCGGAGCACUCAGCCAGAGGAGCGCGCUGGGAUCUUUGCGGCCAUCAUGGCCUGUCGACAAGCUGGCCUCCUUGUCGGGCCGGCGUUCAACCUGUUCCUGCGGCUGUGUGAUUUCAAACUGGGGCCCUUUGUUGUGAACAAAUAUACGUCUCCUGGGAUCUUCAUGUGCCUGUUAUGGGUGCUGCUCCAGUUUGUUGUACUGGCUAUGUACUGGGAUGUACCACCAAUCAGCUCAGAGGGGGGAGCAGUGAUGAUGGAGAUGAAACAAGAGGAGGGUGAUGAAGAGGAGGUGCCGCUGAUAGGGUCCGACGAGGAACUGGUGCACACCUACAGAGCUGUCAACUCCGACCAGUUGGAGACCUCCACUGUGUCUGAGAUGGAGCCCGUCCACGGUGCCUCGCCUAUCUCGAACCCCUUCAAAAACUUCAGCGCUAGCAGAGAGUUCCUGAGAGAGGAGGUGGUUGUUCUCCUCACGGCUCAGUUCAUCACUCUCUUCAAUCAGACAGCGCUCGAGACCAUGGUGACUCCUUUGACGCAGCGCGACUUCAGCUUUGGCGAGCUGGGAAACAGCCUGAUGUAUAGCCUGUGCGGGGUGGAGGUCAUCCUGGGCUUCUUCUUUGUGCGCUGGCUGAGCAGGAAGGUGGCGGACCGCGCCGUGCUGGCCGUGGGCCUGGUCAUCUGCUGCACCGCCUGUAUCUGGUGCCUCAUCUUCCUCUGCAACCCCCGAGGUGGUUAUGGAUGGGAGCUGUCGGCCUUCAUCAUCGGUGUGUUUCUGCAGCUGCUGGGGCUUCCCUUUGUGGCUGUGUCUCAGGUGUCUCUCUUCUCCAAAGUGACUGCAGAGAAAACACAAGGAUUCAGCCAAGGUGUCAGACGCUCAGUUGGGGGCUUGGCCACCAUCUUGGGUCCUUUGUGGGCUGGAGGAUUGACCAAUAAUUUGUACAUAAUGCUGGGCAUGAUGCUAGCUCUCCUCAUAAUGAUCACAGUUAUGACAGUGCUGUCCUACGACAGCCUGACUGAGCCCAGGGCAGUGCAGUGCGCCCGGAGCUCUGACAGUGGAGGAUAGAGCUGCAGUCUGUCUGAAGAGCAGGAGAGGCUAAAGACGGACAGAGGCAGUGCCCUUCACUUGUGGGAGAAUCAAUACGAGUCUGCUGCAGAGGAAACUGUGUGGAAUAAAAAUGUUCAAAACACAUGCUGUACCUCAGAACCUGACAUAAAGGUACAUACAUAUCACUAUCAGACUAUUAAUUAUAUUUUACACAAGGGGGCACCAUUGCUCUCAUAUUGAAUAUUCAGAGGUGUAAUUGAAGAUGAAAGCCAUUAUUUUUAAACUCAACUAUUUAUAUUCCCAGGUGUUGAUGCAAAGAUAAGAGAGCAGGUUUUUCCAUGUGACCCCUGUGUACCAAAUUUUCAUUUCUUGUUCAGAGUCUUUCUUCCUUUACAAAAAAAACCAAAAACCCCUCACUGAAAAGGAAACAGUUGACACAAUGGGUGCAGAAGUGGAGUUGUCAACAUCUUAGCAGCUCCAUGUCAGUGUAGCUGAUAGAAGAAGAGAGUCAAAGAAAGUGAAGCUUUACACAUGCUUUGAUAUUUAUUUGUAGUGUUGAAGUAAAACUGUGUUUUUUGUGUUAAAAUUAAAUACAAAGCCUCGGAUGUGACUAAACGAGAUAGAUGUUAUCUGAAACUAUUCCUCUAUAUCUUGUGUGCAAAUGAGAAGCUCCUGAAUUAAAACCAAAUUUUAAAAAUA